AGAGGGCCUGGACUUGCCUGAUGGUGUGACACCAGACGGGGACAGACUGCGGUUCCCGAGGUUGACCUCUGACUUUAAUGGCCAAUAUACCUGUGAGGUCACAAACUCACAUGGGACCGCCAAAGGCUUCAUAUUACGGCAUAUAGUUGACACCAGUGCCUCAAAGGAUCAUGAUGAGUUCUGAUUUUCUUUGUGGGUAAACUCUCACACACAAAGACACACACACACGCACACAUAUGCACACACACACACCAUUUGGCUACUCACUGCCUACUGAAAUUGUGAAACAGUGGCCUUCCAUUUGAACUGGAGCAAGAGAGUCUGAGCCAGAACCUGAGUUCAGUUUUCAGUACUACCAGAGAACUAUGGAUCCAUAACGGAUGCAGCGUUCUGUGCACCUGGCUGAAGAAGCCCUUAAAUGGAAAAUCAUCCAUCAUGAUGCACUUUUAAUCUGUAUUUAGGAUGAUAGGAUAAAUACAUAUAUCUAAUAUAUAAAUAUAUACUGUAUAUGUAACUUGUCAUUACUCUUUGUCAAUGUAAUUGCAGUUUGCAGUUUCACAAGGAACAUACUGCCAUUCAAAUUCUAAAGUUACUGUAAUUGCCCUACUAUGCACACUGACUCAUCACAUGGGCAAAUACCUGUCUCACAGUUUGACAAUUAGCAAUCAGAGCUUUAGCAUAAUGCUUGUGAUGUGGAUGAGGUGGUGUGGCCAGACCAAAACAGAAGAGAGGAUGCAGCAUAGUUUUUUGUUUUUUACUGUAACUGUAUACAGGAAAUUUGUCUGUUGUUUUGUAAGUAGACCACUGUAUGUGCAACUUUAUGUUGGUUGGGAUGUGCACUGUGUACACUGUUUUUGUGGGGGAAAAUAAAAUAUAUUUGUUACCGUG